AUGGCCAUCGACGGCCUCAUCGUCCUCGAGCCCAGCGGCAGGCCCAUCGCCCAGACCGCCUUCCGGACCUUCUCCCCGGCCUACCCCCUCCUCCACAUCGACGCCUUCAACGCCAGCCCCAAGGAUGAUCCCGUGAUAUACGUCCCCUCCUUCGAGCACGGCGCUCCCUCCGCCUGCGUACACGUCCGCCACAACGCCCUCGACUUUCUCUGCCCCAUAUCGGGCGACAUCGACCCGCUCUACGCCAUCGCGUUCCUCCGCACAUUCCUCGACAUCCUCGCUGAUUAUUUCGGCGACAUCUCCCCGGCCACGCUGAGGGACAACUUUGACAUCCUCUAUCAGCUUCUCGAGGAGACGCUAGACUCGGGCGGCCAUCCCCUCACCACCGCCCCCAACGCUCUCCGCGAUAUCGUGCUGCCCCCCACACUCUUCACCAAGCUCCUCUCCGCUGCCGGCAUCCCCGACCUCGCCCACGGCGCUGGGCCCGGCGGCGCCGGCCCGGCAGGCGCCUCGACCGCCUUCAGCAGUCCGAUCCCUUGGCGAAAAGCCGGCCUGCGCUACAACGCCAACGAAAUAUAUUUCGACAUCGUCGAGACCCUGCGCGCGGUGGUGACCUCGUCGGGUGCGGCAGUCACCGCGCGGAUCGCGGGGCGCGUCGACGCCAACGCGCGACUGUCGGGAACGCCCGAUCUGGCCCUCAGCUUUGCGGAUCCUGGCAGCCGCGCGCUCGUGGACUGCGCGUUUCAUCCGUGCGUGCGCCUCGCGCGCUGGACCAAUUCUCGGGUGCUCUCGUUCGUACCCCCUGACGGAAAGUUUGUACUCAUGGAGUAUGCACUUGAUACUUCCAAGCUCGGCACCGCCGCGACGGCCCAGGCUGCAGUGCAGGUACCGCUGCACAUCAAGGCGGCGCUGAGCACCCACGAACAUGGUGGUACAUUCGACGUUGUCCUCACUUCGCGCCAUAUCAAGCCUCUGGAAGACGUCGUACUCGAGCUGCACCUUGGCGAGAGCGCCACCAGUGCGAGUUGUACUGUAGGAAGCGGCGCCGAGUGGUCAUACGUUCCUGCUCGUCAGGCUCUGCGUUGGGCAAUACCAGUCGUGCAGCAAGGAUCUGGUCGUUGGGCACUUCAGGGCACCUUCAACUCUUCCGAUAAACAUCCGCGCCCGGCGCGGGCCAUUCGAGCAAGCUAUAGCGUGAGCGCGAGUGUGCACUCGGGUCUUAAGGUCGAUCAGCUCAAAAUGACCGGCGAAACGUAUCGGCCGUACAAGGGUGUGCGCGGUCGGAGCGACGGGCAGAUCGAGUGGCGGGUGGAUUGGGUACAUCAAUCUACAUAA